AUGAUGCAAAUUCCUUUGGGAAUGCAGCUCAUGCAGAUUCCAACUCAAGGUGGCGGCACUGUUACUGUCCCUUAUUCUAUGAAUGCUAACGGUGAGAUUGCGUUCAGUGGAAUGCAACUCGGCCAUCAAGGAUUCAGUGGUGCUCAAGUGCGCCAAGGAUUCGAUGCAACUCAAGCUCAAACUCCGCAAGCUGUGAAAACUGGAUAUUUUGAUACGUCAAAUGUCUUACACGAUGCUAUCAAGGGAAAGGAUGAGAAUGGCAAUGAUGUAUAUCUUAUUCCAUGUCCUGCUGGUACGACAAAUGUCAAAGUUCAAGCCGACUGGCACUAUGCUAGUGAAAAUGAAGAUUUGCCUGAUCUUGCUACUGAAGCAGAUCGAGGUCUGCAGUUUAUCCAAAGCCGCAGAAAGGAAGGAGAUCCACUUGGGUUGUACGAUCAUGUCAUCAUGGACAGUGGUUGCACAAACACCACUAUUUGUAAUGGUGAGCUUAUGCAUGGACUCCGUUAUGCUGAGAAGGAGCUUGAUAUGCACACUAACAUGGGCAGCAGAGUUCUUGACAAAGAAGGGUUUCUAGGAAGAUUUCGCCUCCAGUUUGUCAUGAUGAAGAUGGAAUUGCCAAUGUACUUGCUAUGCGCGAGAUGA